AUGAAUAGUUUGGGUAGAAUAUUAGAGUUUGGGUACUACUCUAUUCUACUCUACUCGAUCUUCAACUCCAUCUUAAACAAAGAAAAAAAGAAAUCAAUAGAAGAAGCGUCGGCAGCGAUCUUCUCCGACGAUCUUAUGGUAGAAAUUGUAUCCUGGCUUCCGGUGAAAUAUGUUAUGCAACUCAGGUGUGUUAACAAGUUUUUCAAUACUCUCGUCUUUGAUCCUCACUUCAUUCAAAUGCAUCUCAGUAAAUCAACACAAAAUUUGCAGCUCUCAUUCACGAGUUUUGAGAAUAAUUCUGCUGAUUUUACUAAGUCGGAAGAUUGGGAUUCCAGAUGGAUAACUCUCUCUAUUCCUGAUUUACUACUCCAAAACACAGUUACCAUCUCUCACCUUUCCGAUUCAUACUAUCGAUUGAGCAGGUCUCCACAUUACCGAUGGGUUAUUGGCUCAUGCAAUGGAUUGCUAUGCGUGUAUGGUAACUCAUGGCCUGAUCAAUAUCUUUAUUUCUGGAACCCAGCUAUGAGAAAAGAAUCAAAAAGAAUUCCAUUAUUUUUCGAUAUUUACAUCAAUAGAAAUUUUGACUUCUCUUUUGGUUAUGAUAAUUCGACUCAAACAUAUAAGGUGGUAGCAUUCUACGUAGAGUUGAAUUCUGAUAGUAAUCCAAAAAGUGUGGUGAAAGUUUUCAGUUUGGGGGAUAAUUCUUGGAGAGAUGUUCAAUGUCUCCCUUUGGUUCCACUUUAUUGCCUUCUUGGUAUUAAUGAUUUUCACAAUGAAGGUAUGCAUUUUAAUGGUACUAUUAACUGGUUUGCCCUUGAUGACAUCAAUCUCGAUCGUAGUGCUGCUGCUCUUGAUCGAUGUGUGAUUCUUUCUCUUGAUCUCUCCACCGAGACAUAUACUAAAUUGUUGCUACCUCGGGGAUUGGAUAAGGUCCCGGCUGGUUAUCCCCCAAAUCUUGUGGUUUUGAUGGAUUGUCUUGGUUUUUGUCAUGAUUUUGACAAAACCCAUUUUGUUAUAUGGCAAAUGAAGGAUUUUGGCGUUCAAGAGUCUUGGCUUCAAUUAUUUAAAAUUAGUUAUGAGAAUUUUGCACGAGAGAAUUUGUUGCCAUUGUAUCUUUCUGAGAAUGGUGAUACACUGGUAUUAGGGAAUGAUAGACACAGGGAGGCAUUUAUCUAUAACUGCAGAGACAAUAAAGUAGAAAAAAUUAAAAUUGCUGACCGUACAAAUUGGGAACUGGGCAACUAUUAUGUUGAAAGUUUGGUUUCAACCGAUUGA